GAGUUUUGAUUCCGUAUCGAUGUUCUGGAUCUACCGUCGUUUUCAUUGACAUCUAGAUUUACAGAAUUGGAAAUGGUGACAAUGACUCUUAAAUUAUAAUCAACUUUGACACUCGUAUCUUCAUUCUAAGAAAGGAAAAAAUACUCAACCUUAAACUUCAAAAUGACUAUAUCAACCCAAUCGGUGGAUAAGAUAUUUCAGAUUCUGAGGCCAGCCGGAUUCUACCAAAUCAGCCGAGUGGCGUUUGUACUGGGCAGUCUGGGCCAGAUCGCCGCUGUCGUCCUGAUCUUCGUCAUCAUAGGCCAUGUCCCAGAUUUCCAGUGCAGUCCACUACACGAGCCUCUGUCGAAGUACGGUCUCCCUCGCGCGGAAGAAAACGGUACCGGAUACGAGAUUACUUACGGGAAGUGCGAUAUCUCUGUUCUAACGAACACAACUAACACUACAUCAACGUCCAUUCUCUCUUGUAAGGAGGGGUACUCAUUCGAUAAAAAUGAAGGAACGACCAUCAUUUCCGAGUGGAACCUUGUGUGUGACCAGUCGGGGGUUGGAGAACUUGGCCAGACCCUCGUCAUGGCUGGUCAGAUCGUCGGGGCUACUCUGUUUACCUCCCUUGCUGAUCGGUACGGUCGGAAGCCAGUGUUCGUGAGCACCCACUUACUACUGUUUGUUAUGAGUGUCUCUCUCACGUUCGUCCCCACAUUUGUCGUUUUCGCCAUCAUGCGGUUCGUCAUUGGCGCCUUGCAACAGGGGAUGGGUCUGGCAAUGUCAAUCAUUACACUGGAAAUCGUACCCCAACAAUACAGAGGCAUAGUAGGUGCUAUCGGACAAUUCGCAUGGACUGCGUUUGUCGUCAUCUUGGCUGGCAUAGGGUACUUCAUGCGGAAUCUCUCGUGGCGGUACAUCCAACUUGCGACAGCUCUGGUAUCGGUCCACGCUCUUGCAUCGUAUUGGAUCAUUGACGAAUCUUUAAGAUGGCUGAUUGCUAACAAACGAAAAGACGAAGCUUUGAAAGUAAUACAGAGGGUAGCCAGAAUCAACAAAGUCAGCCAAUCAGAUUUAGCGGACGUGACGCAACUACUUUCCGACGAUCACGAACCGACCAAUCGCGUGUCUUGUAACAGUCGACCGCAAGGACUUCAGCCUGUCAAUGGGGUGUCACCGGUUCCGGACAGUUCCGAGGACACUCAGGAUGAUACCUACACUAUCGAGACGAGAUUGUCCGAUAGUGUGGACAAGCCUACCUUUAUAGAAUUAAUCCGGCACAAACUUCUACUGAAACAUUCCCUCAUACUGUGGUUCACAUGGUGUACGAAUAGUUUGACGUAUUUUGGUUUAUAUCUGACGUCAGCAUCUCUAACCGGAAAUCGUCAUCUCAACUUUUUCCUAAAUGGGUUAGUGGAGCUUCCGGGCGGCUUCCUGUACGCUCUGCUUGUCAAUAGAAUAGGCAGGAAGAGAUGCAGUAUUUUGUUCCAUGCCGUGACGGGGGUGGCCUUGAUACUAUCUGUUGUCCUACUGGAGGUGGCAGGAGAUGAUGUGAAUACCCCCCUGUCAAUCCUGUCAACCAUGUUGAACUACGUGGGAAAACUUGGGAUAGCCGCCUCCUUUGCCCUGUUAUUCCUCUACACUCCCGAACUCUACCCAACAAAUCUUAGAAAUGUUGGUCUGGGAUUCUGUUCGGCAGCAGCUCGCAUCGGAGGGAUGAUUGCGCCUUACUCCAAUAUAUUCGCGUCCUACGUGCUUUGGGGGCCAGGCGUGGUGUUCGGGAUAUGUUGUAUCCUUGUAGCCUUCCUCACCCUCCUGCUACCAGAGACGAAUGGCAAGGAGCUCCCGCAGACAGUAGAGGAUUAUAACGAUUGGGUUAAACAAAGACCCAAUGCAUCACAAGCGAUAUAGUUAAAAUGUACCUAUCGGAAGUAGGAAAGUGUGGAGUGGUGCAAAGGUCGCCAUGUUGUAGUUCCAUUAUCAAACCAAGCAUAUUGUUAGAAAUAAAAUGACAUUUUAGUUCCAAAAAUAACUAUAUGCAAGCUGCGUCUAAAUGCUCAAUACCAUCGCACGCAUUAAUUAGGGUUGUAUUAGCUAAGUUUGCAUGUAUUAAAUAUGAAAUUUUAAUUUUACAAGCAUUCAAGUUUUGAUGAUAAGUAUGCUUAGUGAAUAUUAUAUGAAUUCUACGAAUAAUAGUUGUAUCAUGAUGAAAUUACGAAUGACGUGUCAAAUGAUAAAAGUAAUGUGUCACAUUAUACAGUAAUGUGUCACAUGAUAAAAGUAAUGUGUCACAUGAUUAAAGUAAUGUGUCACAUGAUACAGAAAUAUGUAUCAAGUGAGAGGGAAAGGUGUCACGUGGUAUGAAUUAUAUGUCAACUGAUUUACGAACGCUUACCGUAUUCAUACAUUCGGAAUGAUAAACAUACUAAUGUAUGGUACUAAGAAGACGUCCAUGGACAUCUCAUUUCUUUCCGCAUCUGGCUUUGGUCCAAUUAUUCUGAAACUUUGUUACGAAUUUUCAGAAAAAAAAACACAGGGACUGUCCGAUGUAUGUUUUAAGGAAAACAUUCGGAUGUAUUAAUAAAAUGGCGGGCUUAAGUAACUGAAAUCAACGCAUAUACGUUCAAAGAGAUGCAGCCACACGUUUGAUAAAACACUGACAUGUUUUCACACAUUUACGUCCAUCUUGAUUCCUAUACAUCCAAUUCCCAUAGCAUUCUAGCGCUGGGAUUAGGACUGUCUUUGGCAAUAAACAACACCGUAUUUUUCACAUAUAUCCCUUUCACGUAUGGUUUUUACCGGAGCCAUUUUUCCUGGCAUUUCAUUUCUUUCUUUUUUUGUUCUUUUUUCUUCUUCUGUAAAGCCGUUUAAAAUCUUAAACCUACGUCAUGCAGUAACGCCCUGAAUAAAGUAUGAUCUCGCGAUUGGUUGCAAGUAAUGGAAGUUAAUACAGUAAAUUCUACGAUUGGUCGUAAAUAGUGCUAGUAUAUAAUACGAAAACAAUAAGCAACAUGUCUGCUUCCAGUACUAGACAAAUGAUUCGCCGUUUCGAGAAUUUAAAAGUCAGUGAACUUCGUGCAAAAAUUCCAAAAAACAAAAAGGGCGAAACUCCGUAAUCCAAUAAUCGGAAACAAAGCCACUGUUUCAGAGGUUGUCGUCAUGUUCCUUUAGUUUAACAUCUAAUUUUUACAUAGAUCUGCAUGCUUCUUUCGGGGAAAAUCUACGCUGAGAGAUGCCUAAAAUUUGAGCUGGCCGGGUCAUUUCUUCAAUAAAACAUAUAAAAUGAAUUUUAGUAAUAAAGUGGACAUUAUAUAACA